AAACAAACAAGAAGUAAACAUAAGGUCAGAAAGUUUCAAAGUUAUCUUUGGCUAUAUUCAGCUAUAACAAUGGGAAAUCAACUUGUGGGCAUUGCGCCUUCACAAAUAUUUCCUGUAGAAAGAUACCUCACUGAUCUUCCAGACUUGAAAUUUGAUACAAGUUUGGGUAGCACAAGAUUUCUGAAAGUAGCCCGAGCUGAAUCUCAGGAAGGUUUAACGGUUGUCAAAGUAUUUGCUAUACAUGACCCUUCAUUACCCUUAUCAACUUACAAAGACCACUUGGAAGAUGUUCGAAAAAAGUUGAGCUCUGCUGUGAACUGUAUUCCUUAUCAAAAAAUCAUUCUAACAGAUAAAGCUGGUAUUAUAAUGAGAGAAUAUGUCAAGUACAGUCUUUAUGACAGGAUAAGUACUAGGCCAUUUUUGACUAAUAUUGAGAAACGCUGGAUAACUUUUCAAAUUUUAUAUGCAUUGCACCAAUGCCACAAAGUGGGUGUUUGUCAUGGAGAUAUAAAGCUAGAAAAUAUUACUGUUACAUCUUGGAACUGGGUUUUGCUUGUUGAUUUUGCUUCUUUCAAGCCUACCUUUGUCCCUGUUGACAAUCCAGCUGACUAUUCAUAUUUCUUUGAUACUUCUAGAAGAAGAGUAUGUUAUAUUGCCCCAGAAAGAUUUUCUAGUACCAGUACUACAAUUACAGAAACUAGUUCCAUCAUUACUGAAGCCACAUGUGACUCAAGUGACUUGACUCCAGCAAUGGACAUAUUUUCUGCUGGUUGUGCAUUAUUGGAACUCUGGAAUGAACUGCACUUACCUUUUGAAUAUUCUCAACUACUUGCUUACUGUUCAGGAAAGUAUUCUCCACAAAAACAUUUGGACAAAUUGGAAGACCCAAAUCUGAAGUCUUUAAUAUCAAAUAUGAUUGAGAAAGAUCCCAACAAAAGGAGUUCAGCUGAGGAUUAUUUAGCACAGUACAGAGGCACACUGUUCCCAGAAUAUUUCUUUUCAUUUUUGCAAUCAUAUAUGCUAAUUUUUUCAUCCAGUCCUAUAUUGUCAUCAGAUGAAAAAAUUAUGAGAUUGAAAACUGACAUUGUAGAAAUUUUCACUUUUCUUGGACCUAUGACAAAAUCAAAUGAGAGGGAAGGGGAAAAACAAGAUUCUGAGAAAACUGACAAGGGGGAAUGUGAAGGUUUGGUUAUAAUAACUUCACUUGUUACAUCCUGUAUAAGGGGUCUUCAUGACUGUUCUUCAAAGCUGUACAGCCUAGAAAUCCUACUUGAACUUGCAUCACAUGCCAGUGAUGAGACUGUUUUGGAUAGAAUUUUACCAUAUAUUAUGUAUGUUGCACAUGACAAUUCAACUAGAGUCAAAAUAUCAGCUAUUGACACUAUAACAAAAUGCCUUGAUCUGGUUACCAAAAUUCCCAGAUCUGAUGCAAAUAUAUUUCCAGAGUAUAUAUUGCCGGAAUUGGCCCCUUUGGCUACUGAUCCCAAUACUUGUGUAAGGGCAGCUUAUGCAAAGAAUAUUGCUAAACUAGCAGAAAUUGCUCUGAGGUAUCUAGAUCAAAUCCAGAAUGAUUGGUAUGACAACAAUAAUUCAAAUAAACAGAAAGAUGAACAUACUUUCAACUAUGAAUUAGAGCUUCAAGCACUUCAUGAAAUGAUAUCCCAAACUGUCAGUGCUCUUUUAACAGACACCCAGUCUAUUGUUAAACAAACUUUGAUGGACAGUGGCAUUACUAAACUCUGUGUUUUCUUUGGUAAAACUAAAGCAAAUGAUGUUCUGCUUUCACACAUGAUCACUUUUUUGAAUGACAAGGAAGACAAAGAAUUAAGGGGUUCCUUUUUUGACUGCAUCAUUGGUGUUUCUGCUUACAUAGGAUGGCAUUGCUCUGGAAUUUUGACUCCACUUUUACUUCAGGGACUAACCGACUCUUCAGAGUUUGUAACGGCGAAAAGCAUCAAUGCAAUGUCUGCUUUAACUGAACUGGGACUCAUUACGAAACCUUCCUUAUGCGAGUUAGUUACAGAGUGUUCUACUUUCUUGGUGCAUCCUAGUUUGUGGGUCAGGCAAGCAGUCGCGGGUUUCAUAUCUUCGGCGGCAAAAAGUCUGGCACUUUUAGAUGUUCAGUGCAAAAUUAUGCCGAAACUGAAGGUUUAUAUGAAAUACCCUUUGAUACAAAUUGACAAACCAGAACUGCUGCUGGAAUCUCUAGUUAGUCCGAUACCAAGAAACGUCUAUGACAGUGUUGUCAUGUAUCCAGAAAUUGAUGCAAUUCUAGAAGUUUUGAAAGAGAGAAAGAGUCUAAGAGAAUGUGUGAAUACGGGGAAAGUCCCUAAUACCGAUUUUUAUAGAGACACACAACCCAGUUUGAGGAAUUUAUUUCGAAGAUUAGAGGCAAAUGGUAUGAAUGAAAACAUUGAGGAUUAUGUUUUGAAAAUGGGAUAUCAUUUGAGGAAAAUAAACAAACACAGAAUCAAUAAUGAUGCUCGUCAGAAUAAGCAGUCUGAAGGAAAAAUUGAGCUCAGCAGUGCAAAUAGUGUUAAGAGCCAUGUUUUGAAUCUUGCAGAAACACAGAAAACAGAUUUCAUGGCCACUAGAUUGCCCAGAACUAACACCUCUGGAUCUCUGGAAACGAAUGUCAACUCCGAGUGGAACUAUAGUUCGGAGGUGUUGACCAGACAGUCGGAGAGUACGAAUUCGCCUUCUAGAUCCACGUCUAGCAGGCCUUCUUCGCCACCAGCGGACGGCAACAACCAGUAUAACAGCACCGAUCCGUCAUCAAACGUCAGUCUGCAUGAGCGGUCCUAUAUACAAUGUCUCGUCGACAAAGCAUAUCGCAAAACAAAUUGUUACAUCGAACUAGCGAAUUUGAAAACUCGCCAACAAGACCAUUACUUUGAGGCUCUAAGGAGCAAAGACUGGGCGGAACAAGCAGCAUGGCGGCCCCAAUUGCCCCCACCGGGCUGGAGACUGAGAGGACUCUUGGUGGCUCACCUACACGAACACAAAAGUGCCGUGAAUAAACUGUGUGCCAUACCAGACACCCCGUAUUUUGCCAGUUCUUCAGUAGAUGGAUCCGUAAGGUUAUGGGAUUGUUCAAGAAUGGAAGGAAAAAAUAUAGCGAAUAGGGCAAAACAGCACUACAAGAUGAGCUCUGGGGUGAACAUUACAGGAAUGACAGUUUGCGAAGGUGGCCAGUCUUUGGGGGUAACUUGUCAAGACGGAUCUAUCAAUAUACUCAGGGUGGAUGCCAACAGUAACAAGAUGACCCUCGCCCAAUCCCGACACCUAGACGCCGACGCGGACGCCUUCGCCGUCGACGUCCACGCCCUGGACUCUGGCCCGCAGAGCGUCCUCGUCUACGCCACCCUGUACGGUGCGCUGGUCGGCUGGGACCUUCGCGCCCCCUCGCCUGCCUUCCGGCUCGAGAACGGCCUCAAGAGUGGCGUCAUAACGACCUUUUGCGUCGACUCGCACCACAGCUGGCUGGUGAUGGGCACCAGCAGCGGGCAGCACGUGGCGUGGGACUUGCGUUUCCGGUUGCCCAUCAUGACCUUCGAACAUCCGUCAGGUUCUGUGAGGAUAAAGAAAGUGUUGAGUCAUCCAACAGAACACUCUUGGGUUAUUUCGAGUAUCCAAGGGAACAACGAAAUUUCGAUGUGGAAUAUCGAAACCAGCUUCAGGCAAAAAGUGUUGUGGGGAAGCACAUCCCCACCAUUGUCUAAACAGGGUACGACUAAUAGUGUUUGCGCUAUGCUUGGAGGCUGCAUUGACCGAUCACCGUUUUUGCUAGCCGGAGGAACCGAUCAAAGACUGAGAUUCUGGGACUUGGAAAGUUCCUCUGAAUCGUAUCUGGCUAUUCCGGCUGCUAACGAUCCACCUGGUACUGCUUUGAGUUACAGAAGUCGGCUCAUAGAUGGUACUCAUGUUAUUUAUGAGGAAGCUAGCACCGUUCGAAAGGUGGACAAAGGGGAGGAAAUUCCUAGGCCCGGCCCAGAGCCACCGGCACCCGGUCAUAGGGCUUGCAUUUCGGAUAUAGCCCUGUGCAAAGCUUCGCAGUGUUUCCUCGUAACUUCAUCCAGAGAUGGAGUCAUCAAAGUUUGGAAAUGAAUCAUGAAAACGGAUUCAGGGUGAUAUUAAGUCUUAUUGAGAAUAUUAAAAUUGAGUAUGUGAUAAUUAU